GUUGUCAUCACCAGAUCUUAUCCCAUCGCGAAAAUCCCCGUUCCAAUAAUUUAAUCGCGAGCGCCGAAUAUUUGGAGUUUUUCAAGGACAAAAAAAAAUAUUCCGCUCACCGAGUCGAUUGAAAAAUCGGCGAUAAAUCGAUUGGAAAAUAAUACUCGCGUCAUUACGGAGUUCAAAAAUAUUUUUCGUGUCAUUGUGUUGAGGGCAAAUGCAAUGAGACAGUGAAACCAUUGAUUAAUCCAAUUAAACAAUUAGUUAAUGGGUCAAAUGGUUUGAUUUGUGAACGUGGGAAGCGAUGGAAGAGUGAAUGAAAGUGUCAAAGAUCGGUGGCGAUACAUCACCCGGGUGAUUUCGUAAUUGACCACGCCUCGAUCAUGUAUCUGAUCAUCACGUAAUUCAAAUUUACAAGUUAAGUGCAUAAAAGGAUGUAGCGGCAUUGCGCGAGUUAAAUUGACUCUCUGGGUGAUCAGUUCUGGUGCAUUAUUACUGAAAUGGCAUCGCCAUUUUCCCAAGGAGACUCGAUAUUUUUCUCUCAGUACGAGUGUUGUGUAAUACACGCAACGUAAUACGGAUGUAAUCAGUCGACGCACACGGAAAAAUUGUGCAAUGGGAAAUAUCAGUGAUUUUUGAUGUUUUGAGCCUCACGUGAUAAUUACGUCCACCGAUUGCCAUGAAAAAACAAUUUGUGAUCGCGUCACCAGAAUGAAAGUUGUAAUGCGCAAAACUAGUGAACUAUAAUUUCGUAAAAAUCCCGAGUGAAAAGUGAAUUUGCAUUCUGCGAAUGGAUUUUAAUUCCUCCCGUAGACGGGAAAUGUACGGGAUCAGUAGUGAACCGCAAGUUGGAUUGGUACAUUGAACCUACAUUCCAUGGAACUUGAAUAAACCCCGAGUCACAUAGUACCAGGUGCAGUUAUAAUUAGAGCUACGUGGGUUCAAGAUCGUACAGUAGACGUUAUUACCGUGGUUCUACGGGAGUUUGUUAAACGAAAUUCAAUUCAAUGUUUUUACGAUUAAAAUAAGUGUUAGUGAAGUAGCUCACGUAAUCCAACGAGUGCCAAUCAUAAUUAGAAUACGGGGUCGGACGGCCGAGGAAACCCUGCAAAAACAAUCAGAAUCAGAGUCUGAGUGGUAUAAGCGUGUCCUUGGGUUCAAUAGAUGAAAUAGUAAAGUGUGGAAGGUGACUAGUUGGUAUCGAAAUUCCCUUUGAAUUUUAUUACCUCAAAAGUCCAGAUAUUGGAUGAGGAAAUCCUGCGAAAACUCGGAAUUGAACUCUAAGUUUUGUUGAAUUAAACUUUAGUCUUUUAAUGAAGGUGUCUUCGACUGAGACAGAUUGGAAUUAGACUGUCAGAGCGAUUAGUCAGGAUCGAAGUCGAAGACAACGUCGCGACCUCAGUAGUCCCAAGAUCUGGGACUUAUUGACUGCAGCAAAAAACUGCAGCAGAAAAUUGCCACCAAAUUUCAGAUAGAUAUUGAACUCCAAUCUCCUGUCAAUGUCCAUCAGUACCAAUGACUAUGACACCUUACCAGAUGGGACCUCGGGAGGUAACCGAGUGACAUCUGCUUGAAAACGCAAUCUGAAUUCCGAUGAAUAAAAUAUUAAACUCGACAAGACGAAGAGUCGUGACUGCUGCCAUCCCAAAACCUCAAAUAAUAGAGCCCUCAGGAUGAACGAGGUCAGGCAGAAGUGGAGCUCACCGCGAUGCACGAGUGCAAUCAGUCCUGGCGAUAACGGUGAACAGAAGUCAAUGGACAAUCCGGAGAUUGGAUCUGUUGAUUUCCAAGAAGAGCCUAACGAGUUGGAUGCCAAGUUGUCGAUGGACUCAGCUAGAUUUAAAUUUCUAGUCGGUCUGACAUGUCCAAGUCAAUCGGAGCACGUGGAAGACUCGUGCGAUGCGAUAGCAUCUGAAGUGUUGUACGAAAAUAACGCGUCCUUGAGCAGUGAAAGAGGUCUUUCGAGGAAACUCACCAGUGGCCCACUGACUAGCUCCAUCAGUCGUGAGCCGACAGCCGACGAUGAAGCUAUCAAAGACGUGAAACGUAGGAGAAGACACAGUACAAGUGUGGAGAUCGCUGCUAUGACAUGCGUGGAGGAUGGAGUACCUGUGAUAAGCUUCAGCUUUCUUCAGGGAGAGGGAAAGGACGGCUUACCUGAGGGGGACAGUGGUGAGAAGGACCUUCAGCUCUAUGACUUUCCGAAAAGCAGUCGUGUCCCUGGUGUCGGCGAGCUGACUUCGGAGAACGGAGAGAUCUCUGAUGCCGAUCGCAAAUCGACUAUCGAGUUGUAUGACUUUCCCAAAUCGAAUCGUCUGAUUGUCACCUGUCACGAGGAGAUCAGGGAGCAGCAGAAGGUGGAGAUCGAAGGGCUGUACGACGUGCCGGAGUCCAGGCAGCUGGAAGCCACUCCGAAGAAUUCCAUUUCCCUGACUCUGCAGGAGGAUUCCAGGAGACCUGAGCUGGAGGGCUCUUACUCUGAUCCCGAGGAGAACUGCGGCAGCCGGGAGAGGGGGAGGAAGACCAGGCACCGGACCCUGGGGAGGGCAUGGGGUAGAAUGAGAAGUUGGCUGAGGGAGGAGAAGCUCAAGAUCGGGGAAGUUGUGCACAGGCACGCCAAGAUGCAGGCUGUUGGUGCACUCAGGCAUGAUGCUGAGGCAUCCAGGUCUCGUGGAUCCUAUGAUUUGGUGGAGGCUCGUACCAGGGAGCUGGGACCAAUUAGCGUUAUUGAUGAGAGCGGAUUGUCCUCUGUCUCCGAGGAGGUGAAUGUCGAGGAGAUAGGGGAGACGGAAGUCAAGUCUUACGACUUGGUGACACGUCUGGAAUGUCAAGCUGAUGAGAAAGUUGGGGAGACGUGUGGUGUGAGUGAAGGACUACGGAAGACGACAACUUCAACUAGUGCUGAAAAUGUUGCUGGGGGGAGGAUGAAACUCACGCCGGUUUCGUUUAGUCUUGAUAAAUUGUGCGAUGUGGGGGAGGGGGAAGUGAAUGGUGAGAAGGAGAUCAGGAACGCUGGGAAAGGUGGGGUUAUUAAGAGGAGAAUGCUGGGAUCAAUCAGGGGAUUUAUGGCUUCUACUCAUCUACUGCAUCAGUACGAUGCUGAUGAGACUGGUCCCGGUGGCUUCGAGGAUGUCCGGAGGUACGUCAAACAGGGCGGUGACUUCUGCAAGGAGCUCGCGGCGGUUCUCCACGAGAGAGCCGAGCUGGAGGCCAACUAUGCCAAGGGACUCAGCAAAUUGAGCAGCAAAUUAACAAAGGCUUGUGCGAAAGAUCAAGGGGGAAACAGCACGGGUGGUGUGAACGAGGCGUGGCGAAAUGUAGGUGAGGAGAUGGAAGCGGCAGCGGAGGCGCACAGACUCUGGGGCAUAGCCCUCAGCGAACAGUUGGCAAAACCCCUCAGGGUUGGCGUCGCCGAGGCUCAGGGUCGUUCCCGGAAGGUGAUCGAGAGUUCCGUGGACAAGGCAUCGAAAUCCCUGCAAGAAUGGCGCAACGUUGCGGCGAAGAGUAAAAAGCAGAGUUUUGCAUGUGCACGGGAGAACGAGCGUCUCCAAGAUCUUGCUCGAAUUCAAUCAAUAACCCAAUCCCAGCAGAACAACAAUAAGACCUCGACCCACCACAUGACCGAGAAAGAAGUCAACAAACUUGAGAACCGACGCCGAAAGGCCGAGGAUGGUUCAAGAAGAGCAGACACCGAGUUCUACACGGUGAGUGUGAGAGCAGAACGUGCAAGACUUGAAUACGAGUCGACAGUGCGAAAGGGUGCGAAGCAGAUGGAGCUCCUCGAGGAGGAGAGACUGAGCGCCCUGAAGGAUCUGGCCAACGUCUACCUGUCACACCUCCAGGCAUUGGCGCCGAGACUUCAACAGAGUGCAGAUCGUCUAUCAACACCAGUGAGGAACUGCAAUGUUUCCCUGGACGUGGACAUCCUGAAGAACUUGAUCAGACGAUUGGACAACAACGAGGCGUCAAAUGUUGACCAACUGCUUCCCGACUUUUACGCAGAGCACGUCACCCUGGCGAUGAACAGGGAGAGGCGGAAGCAGGCGUUAGUCAGAGUGCUCCACCUCAUCAGACAGGACCUCGAGAGAGAGCGACGAGGGAGGGAAGGACUGGAGACCCUUCACAGAGCUUUUAUCCAAACUCCAGCAUUCGCCGCUGACGAGAGCACUCAGAAUGUCACCGACAAGCUCAUUCACAUGAGAUCGAUGCUCACAUACCUCGAGGCUGCUAGGUACAAGGUCGGUGGAGCACUGGCGGAGAUCGAGGGAGGUAAGAGGCCGAAGCAUCCGCUUGCCGAGCACAUUCUCGUGUCCAGGGACAAACAGGGACUCCAGCAGAGUGUCCUCAAGGUCCCCACCUGGGCCAAGAACGAGUCCUUCGAGUUAGCUGAGGUAGAGGAUGACAUCGACAUCCACCUCGCCAAGGAGAACGACGUUGAGAGGAAUGACUGGGUGGACAGAACCGCUGGCGAUGGGAACUCUGAGAAUCCUCCCGAUGAAGAGGAUUUCAGCGAUUUUGAUGAGUUCAGCAGCCAGUCGGAGGACAAUAAUAAUCAGGAGGAUGUGGGGGAUCUGCCUGAGAAGAUGGGGGGAGAGCAGUGCCGGGCGUUGUACCAGUACUCGGCGAAUCUUAAUGAUGAAUUGAGCCUCAGUCCUGGUGAUGUCAUCACAAUUCAUCAAAAACAGGCAGAUGGCUGGUGGAUUGGCGAGUGCGGGGGCAGAACGGGCAUCUUUCCAGCUACCUAUGUGCAAGUCCUGCGUUAGCAGGGAGGCAGAUGCGUAAGGAUUUAUUUGGGAACGACUGCAGAAAUUGUUCCAUCCAAUUUUUUCGUCGGGAAACGACUUAAAAGCGAUCAUCAGCAGUCUAUUGCCUCAGCCUUCGAACAGGGAAGCGAGCUGUCCAGGGGACUUGGAUGAGUGCUCGUAGGAAGCUGUCGGAUGGCUAUCAGGUGCCUGUGCAAGAGACAAGUGUGGAGAUGCUCUUCAAGAUCGUGUUUUUUGGGGUGUGGAUGCUUGUGACGUAAUUUUUUAGUGGGAGAAAUAGAAGAGAGUUCGAUGCUUCAGUUCGAUCCGCCUUUAUAUCGACAUGAAGAAUCCUUCGCACGGCAUUUUUAAUCGUGUUGGUACUUAUUAGAACAAACAGGGUAUUGUUUGUCUGACGAGGGAGGUUUAGGGGUAGUCGAUGGGCGUCUGAGUGUCUUCAGUGCUCUGAGGAAUUGGGGACUUGUCAGCUCAAGAAUCAGUCAAAAUUUCAAACUAACUAAUGAGAACUGUAUUUUACGAUAUUAUUAUUCACGAGAAAGUUUUACCAAAUGUUGCAUGCUGUACAUAAGAAUUAUGUUCGUUAAUAGAAGUUGUGAAUUGUACAUAGAAAUGAAAUUUUGUUAUAUGUGUAGUGUCAUAAAUAACAGUCGCAAAUACAUUUGUAUAUUUCA